AUGGGGGAAAUCUCCUUCUUAUGUCGUCCUUCAAGAAGCAAAGGCAUUUGCUUUGCUGAAAAUCCCUUGGAUUCUCCAUUUUCUCGUCUCAUGGCCCAAAUCAUCCUCUUUAAUCUUACCUCCAGACUGCUUUAUAGUAUUCUAAAGCCUUUGGGGCAAACUAAAUUUGUCUGCAAUCUCCUGGGUGGCAUUAUCUUAGGGCCGUCUGUGAUUGGGCAAAACAAGGUAUUCAGAAACCAGCUAUACGGAACAAAUGAAGAAAUUCCACUGUUCCGCGUAAUACCUGUGAUUGGCGUACUGUACUCCAUAUUCCUAAUUUCAGUGAAGUUUGAUCCACACCUAAUCAAGAAGACAGCACAAAGUUCAUGGAAGAUUGGUGCAUUGACGUUCCUUUUUCCUUCUAUCAUCCUCCUUUACCCUAUAACCCAAGUUCGAAUUCUCAACAGUUUCUAUGCUCCCAACUUUCUCAUACUACUGACCGGCAUACUAUCUUGGUCCAUGAGUUUUUUUCCGGUCAUAACCGAGGCCUUGUAUGAACUUAAUCUCAUGACUUCAGAGUUGGGCCAACUCGCCAUGUCCUCGGCAAUUCUCAACGAUGCUGCACUAUGGUUCCUCGUUUUUCUUAAUAUGGCUGUUUCAUCCCAAGGUAUUCCGGUAUUGCUUUCGACAGUCGGGUUGUUACUCUUCACAGUCUAUGUCUUACGCCCACUUAUGCUAAUGAUAGUAAAGAAAACACCCCAAGGAGAACAAGUAAAGGAAAUCUAUAUAGUCGGUAUACUUCUUGGGGUUCUAGUCAUGACCUUUGUAACCGACGCCAUAGGCCUAGUGUAUAACUUGGGUCCUUUACUUUUAGGGUUGAUCAUACCAGACGGACCGCCGCUAGGAUCAACUUUGACAGCCAAGACGGAAUUCUUGGUCUCGGAAUUUCUUAUGCCGGUGCUGUUUUCGCAUAUCGGCAACGAUGUUAAUGUGUUUUUGAUUGACAACUGGACUAGGUUUGCCAAGCUUCAGACUAUUAUUGUUGCGUUGUUUGUGACAAAGAUUGUAGGGGUUACACUGGCUGGCUUGUGCUGCAAAAUUAGCUUGAGAAAUAGUCUCGUGCUCAGCAUGGUCAUGAGUAUGAAGGGUAUAAUAGAGGUUAUGAUGUAUCACAGGUUGAUGACCUUCAAGAUGAUAGAUGGACAGUUUUUCACUCAGUUGAUCUUGUCUGCACUGAUGAUCACCAUGAUUGUCACACCAAUUGUACAUUUCUCGUAUACUCCUCAAAAACAACUCCAGAGAUCAACUAGAUAUUCACAGGCCAGAAGCAUCCAAUCACUGCCAAAUAGCGCUAGCUCCGGAACUUUUCAGAUUCUUUGUUGUGUCCACAGUGAAGAAAGUGCCCGCAGCAUCAUCACCUUCUUAGAAGCUUCAAAUCCAACAAACUCAAGCCCCAUUUGCACCUACCUUGUCCACCUUGUUGAUUUAGUUGGCAGCUCUGCACCACAAUUGACACCUUACAAGAAAAAGAAAUUCAGACGGUUGGAUUCACCAUCACAUCAAAUGAUGCGAGCCUUCGAGAAUUACUCAGAAAACUCAAAAGGACCUGUGACAAUUCAUCCCUAUACUGUGGUGGCUCCUUGCAAAUCCAUGCAUGAGUUCAUUUUUCGUCUAGCUCGUGAGAAGUUCGUUCCUCUUAUAAUCAUCCCGUUCGUCGAUAACCACGAUCAGACUAUUGGCGGUGCUUCCACUAGCAUUGUAAGCCAAUUGAACCGUAAUUUACAAGCGUUUUCUCAAUGCACAAUCGGAAUCCUAGUUGAAAAACGAUUGCCUUGUCGCGCAAGCAGUGUCUCAAACUUCUCUUACGUUGUGGCUGUAUUUUUCAUCGGCGGACCAGAUGACCGUGAGGCAUUAGCCUAUGCAUCACGCAUGGCUAACAACCCGGACGUGGACAUCAUGGUGUUCAGGACUCUGGUGCAGGCCAAUAAGACAGAAAAUAUUGAGGAAAGGGAGAGAGAGUUUGAGCUAGACGAGUCAUUGUUAGAUGAGUUUAAGCUAAGGAACGCCCGGAAUGAGAGGCUGAAAUGGCGUGAUAUUGUGGUGAAUGAUGGUGUUGAGGUUGUGAAUGCUAUCAAGAAUUUGCAAGGUAUGUAUGACCUAGUGAUGGUGGGGCGGCGACAUGUCGAUUUUUCGUUCGGGGAUGAAGAGAUGGCAGGCUUAUUGCAUUAUCCAGAGCUUGGAGUGAUCGGCGAUAUGCUCGCUUCUUCAGAUUUCUGUGGUGGAAUGGUGAAUGUGUUGGUGAUGCAAGAAAGUAGGAGCUUGAGUUGUGGAACUUUUUAUAAUUGA